AUGCAGAUCAAAGACCUCGUCGUUGCCCUUGCGGUUCCCGCCAUCUGCAUUGCUGCAGCUAUUCCUACUCCCCAGGACCCGGUUGAGACCGAGUUCCCUGAGGAGAGCCAGGAGGACAUUGUUGGAGGAACCGCUGCUGCCGCAGGAGAGUUCCCCUACAUUGUCUCUCUUCAGAGGAGUGGCUCCCACUUCUGCGGUGGUUCGCUCUUGAACGGCAACACCGUCGUCACCGCUGCUCACUGCGCCGUUGGCCUUUCUGGUACCGCCGUCACCGUCCGCGCUGGCUCCAACAGCCGCACCUCCGGUGGCGUCACGGCCAGGUCCUCCUCCAUCGUGAUCAACCCUGGCUACUCAUCCUCUACCUUUGACGGUGAUGUUGCUAUCAUCAAGCUCUCCACCUCCAUCCCCACGAGCAACACCAUCAGCUACGUGAGCCUCCCGGCCGCUGGCUCCGACCCCGCUGCUGGUUCCGUUGCAACUGUUGCUGGAUGGGGAACCCUCACCUCCGGCAGCCAGAGUCUGCCCGUCAACCUCCAGAAGGUUGAUGUCCCCAUUGUUUCCCGUACCACUUGCCGAUCCAACUACGGCCAGUCUGCCAUCACCAACAACAUGAUCUGCGCUGGUCUUACCCAGGGCGGAAAGGACUCUUGCCAGGGUGACUCUGGCGGCCCCAUUGUCAGCUCCAGCAAGCAGCUCAUCGGUCUCGUUUCCUGGGGUGAUGGCUGCGCUGCGCCCGGAAAGCCCGGUGUCUACACUCGCGUUGCUGCUGUCCUUUCUUUCAUCAACGCCAACUCGUAG